AUGGCUGAAGAUAGAACCGCCAUGGAAGAGAGUUUGUUAGGAAAAGAGAUUUAUCCAAAAACAGAUAGCCAUGGAGAAGAAGAGAGGAAGAAGAAGGGAAUUAGUAAGGAUAUUUACUUGAAGGAAAUGGAGAGGAUUUGUUACUUAUCAGGUCCUAUGGUAGCGGUGGUUUUGUCGCAGUAUUUGUUGCAGGUUGUUUCUACCAUGAUAGUUGGUCAUUUGGGGGAACUCUAUCUCUCUAGCGCCGCCUUGUCUAUCUCCUUCGCCGGUGUUACUGGUUUCAGCUUCCUGAUGGGAAUGGCUAGUGGGCUAGAAACCACAUGUGGACAAGCUUAUGGAGCAAAACAAUAUCAAAGAAUAGGAAUGCAAACAUACACAGCUAUCUUUUCUCUCAUAUUAGUUUGUCUUCCACUAUCUUUCAUUUGGAUCAACAUUGAAAACAUACUUGUUUUCACAGGACAAGACACUCUAAUUGCACACGAAGCAGGAAGAUUCACAAUUUGGCUUCUUCCAGCACUUUUUGCAUAUGCAAUAUUGCAACCACUAGUUAGAUAUUUCCAAAUACAAAGCUUGCUUAUUCCAAUGCUUUUGAGUUCUUGUGUCACUCUUGUUGUCCAUAUACCUCUUUGUUGGGCUUUGGUUUUCAAGACAGGAUUGAAUAAUAUUGGUGGAGCAAUUGCAAUGAGCAUUUCCAUUUGGUUAAAUGUCAUUUUUCUUGCAUUGUACAUGAGAUACUCUUCUUCAUGUGCAAAAACUAGAGCUCCGAUUUCUAUGGAGCUGUUCCAAGGAAUUUGGGAGUUUUUCCGCUUUGCUAUACCUUCUGCAGUAAUGGUUUGCCUUGAAUGGUGGUCAUUUGAGCUAAUGGUCUUACUCUCCGGGCUGUUACCCAAUCCACAACUUGAAACUUCUGUUCUAUCAGUUUGUCUCAAUACCAUCGCAACUCUCUAUACAGUACCAUUUGGAAUUGGUGCUGCAGCAAGUACAAGAGUUUCAAAUGAACUAGGAGCUGGGAAUCCAUUUGAAGCACGCGUUGCUGUGUUAGGUGCUUUGUCACUAUCACUCAUUGAAACAAGUAUAGUGAGUGCAACCCUUCUUGCAUGCCGCCAUGUCUAUGGUUACAUUUUCAGCAAUGAUAAGGAAGUAGUUGAUUAUGUAACUGUCAUGGCUCCUCUGGUUUGUAUAUCUGUUAUAUUGGACAGCUUACAAGGUGUUCUUGCUGGGAUCGCUAGAGGCUGUGGAUGGCAACACCUAGGAGUUUAUGUGAAUCUGGGGGCCUUCUACCUGUGUGGGAUUCCUGUUGCUGCUGCAUUGGCAUUUUGGGUUCAAGUGGGAGGGAAAGGACUUUGGAUUGGUAUACAAGUUGGUGCUUUUGUUCAAUGUGUUCUUCUUUCUAUCAUAACAAGUUGUAUAAAUUGGGAGCAACUGGCAAUGAAGGCUAGACAGAGGUUAUUUGAUGUUCAAUUUUCAGCAGAGAAUAGAUUGGUAUGA